AUGCUGCAGGACUGUGCGGAUGCUCGUCGGGAGGUAGAGCUCCACUGGAGGGUGUCGCACUGCUCUCACAUCGUACGCAUCAUGGACGUCUACGAAAACCUCUACCAAGGCAGGAAGUGCCUGCUCAUCGUCAUGGAGUGGUGGGUCACACACAUACACACACACACACAUUUAGUCUAUGUUAUUCAAUGUUUUCUCUCUCCAUUUUAGCAUGCAUGGAGGUGAGCUAUUCCGCCAAAUUCAAGACCGAGGGAACCAAGCAUUCACAGAAAAAGGUAAUGAAUAGGGCUGUUACGGUGACCAUAUUACCGCCACACAUAUUACCGCCACACGGCGGUCACAAGUCAUGAGAGUCAAAUUCCACGUGACCGUUUAGUCACGGUAAUUAGGCUUCUCCAAGCUCUGAUGCUGCUGAUGGUCAUUAGUAGCCUACCAAACUUGCUAACUGCCUGGUACUCUGAACUCUAUUGUCCUCUAAUCACUCUGACAUCAAUGCAAAUGUAAUCAAAAAUCUAAUCAAACACUUCAUGAGAUGGCCUCUAUUAAAAAGAGGACGAUCCCAUCAGCUUUCUAUAGACUAGACCUACUAUAUUUAUUUCUCAACUUUCCAAAUAUUAAGCACAUUGCUUCUCUUUACAAUAGGAGUAUAGCCUACCUGGCUGACAUGAAAAUGAACCAUGGGAAAAGCAUCCUCCAUUCGCUAUUUAAGUGCAUAGAUUACCUGUAUUUUUUUUCCCCCGCUGCCCCUGUUUCGAGACAGGUGCAUGAUAAUGGUCCAUUCUAAAUCAGAACAAAUUUCACACAUACAGUUGAAGUCAGAAGUUUACAUACACCUUAGCCAAAUAUAUUUAAACUCAGUUUUUCACAAUUCCUGACAUUUAAUUCCCUGUUUUAGGUCAGUUAGGAUCACCACUUUAUAGGAUCACCACUUUAUUUUCACUGGGAAUGUGAAAUGUCAGAAUAAUAGUAGAGAGAAUGAUUUAUUUAAGCUUUUAUUUAUUUCAUCACAUUCCCAGUGGGUCAGAAGUUUACAUACAUUCCAUUAGUAUUUGGUAGCAUUGCCUUUAAAUUGUUUAACUUGGGUCAAACAUUUUGGGUAGUCUUCCACAAGCUUCCCACAAUAAGUUGGGUGAAUGUUGGCCCAUUCCUCCUGACAGAGCUGGUGUAACUGAGUCAGGUUUGUAGGCCUCCUUGCUCGCACACGCUUUUUCAGUUCUGCCCACAAAUUUUCUAUAGGAUUGAGGUCAGGGCUUUGUGAUGGCCACUCCAAUACCUUGACUUUGUUGUCCUUAAGCCAUUUUGCCACAACUUUGGAAGUAUGCUUGGGGUCAUUGUCCAUUUGGAAGACCCAUUUGCGACCAAGCUUUAACUUCCUGAUUGAUGUCUUGAGAUGUUGCUUCAAUAUAUCCACUUAAUUUUCCUUCCUCAUGAUGCCAUCUAUUUUGUGAAGUGCACCAGUCCCUCCUGCAGCAAAGCACCCCCACAAAAUGAUGCUGCCACGCCCGUGCUUCACGGUUGGGAUGGUGUUCUUCGGCUUGCAAGCCCCCUUUUUCCUCCAAACAUAACGAUGGCAUUAUGGCCAAACAGUUCUAUUUUUGUUUCAUCAGACCAGAGGACAUUUCUCCAAAAAGUAAGAUCUUUGUCCCCAUGUGCAGUUGCAAACCGUAGUCUGGCUUUUUUAUGGCGGUUUUAGAGCAGUGGCUUGCUUGCUGAGCUGCCUUUCAGGUUAUGUCGAUAUAGGAUUUGUGGAGGUCUACAAAAAACUUUUUCGGAGGUCUUGGCUGAUUUCUUUUGAUUUUCCCAUGAUGUCAAGCAAAGAUGCACUGAGAUUGAAGGUAGGCCUUGAAAUACAUCCACAGGUACACCUCCAAAUGACUCAAAUGAUGUCAAUUAGCCUAUCAGAAGCUUCUAAAGCCAUGACAUUAUUUUUAUUUAUUUUCCAAGCUGUUUAAAGGCACAGUCAACUUAGUGUAUGUAAACUUCUGACACACUGGAAUUGUGAUACAGUGAAUUAUAAGUGAAAUAAACUAUCUGUAAACAAUUGUUGAAAAAAUUACUUGUGUCAUGCACAAAGUAGAUGUCCUAACCGACUUGCAAAAACUAUAGUAGACAAGAUUAAAUCAAGAAUAGUGUGAUGGGUGACUAUUAGCCUAUCACUUGUGAAUGAUAUAUUAUCAUUUGUGAAUGAUGCCCUGCUGUUGCGCAUGCUUUUUUUGUGACUUUUUCCAAAUCAUAAACUGAUGAAGUGUGCACAGCCUGCGCAAAAAACAAUGCAGAGUGCAUGCCUUUCAUGCAACUUUUUUCAAAUCAUCAUUAGUCACAUCAUGCAGCCUUAGAAUGUAUUAAAAAUCUAAACAUAUAGCCCAACGUUUGUAUCACAACUAAAGUUACAUAAAUAACACUAAAUGAAGCAUAUAGGAGUACCUGUUUCUUUGUUAACCGCUUAACACAGAAUAGCCGCAUGUGCGCACUCUCUCAAAUCGGUUGGAGAAAAUAUAUUUUCUAUUUUAUUCAGCUUUGUUCAAUUGUAUUCUUCAUACUGUAAAAUAAUAUAAAAUAAUGCCACAGAAUUCUAAGCAAAUCUUGUCUGCUAAAUGAACUAGCCACAGCCAUAUGGCAUAGCCAGAUCAGGGCCUAACUGUCACACCCUGGCUCUGGGACUCAUUAUGUUGAGCCAGGGUGUGUUCAUUCUAUGUGUGUAUUUCUAUGUUGGUAAUUCUGUUGUGUUUAAUUCUAUGUUUGCCUGAGUGACUCCCAAUCAGAGGCAACGAGUGUCAGCUGUUGGCUGGUUGUCUCUGAUUGGGAGCCAUAUUUAAACUGUAUGUUUUUCCCUUUGGGUUUGUGGGUUUUUGUUCCGUGUUCGGUCAUUGAUACCGUUGGACGUCACGAGUCGUUUCUUGUUUUGUAUUGAGUUUAAACUUUAACUAAUUAAAGUAUGUUUGUUCAUCACGCUGCGCCUUGGUCUGUUCCAUAUGACGAUCGUGACAGAAAAACCCACCAUGCAACGACCAAGCAGCGUGUCCAGGGGCAGCGCCGGGAGAAGAGACGGUGGAGGCGCGCCGUAGAGAGGAGUAACGGCGUGAUCAGGGUCGUCGUCGGGCGGUCGAGAGGCAACCCCAGAACAUUUUUAGGGGGGGGGCACACGGCAUGGACGACGGGGCUGACGGAGGCAAAAGAGGGGCGGAUUCUGGAGGCCACCAGGUUACGGAUACACCGCCCUGUACGUCCUGUGCGGAUGCCUCACACAGAGUGUGUGAGGGUAGGCAUUCAGCCAGGACGGGUUGUGGCCGCUCUUCACUCCAGGGCUCCUAUCCGUCUCCACAGCCCGGUUCGGCCUGUCCCUGCUCCACGCACCAAGCCUACGGUGUGCGUCGCCAGCCCAGUCCGGCCAGUCCCUGCUCCACGCACCAAGCCUACGGUGUGCGUCGCCAGCCCGGUCCGGCCUGUCCCUGCUCCACGCACCAAGCCUACGGUGUGCGUCGCCAGCCCGGUCCGGCCUGUCCCUGCUCCACGCACCAAGCCUACGGUGUGCGUCGCCAGCCCGGUCCGGCCUGUCCCUGCUCCACGCACCAAGCCUACGGUGUGCGUCGCCAGCCCGGUCCGGCCUGUCCCUGCUCCACGUACCAAGCCUACGGUGUGCGUCGCCAGCCCGGUCCGGCCUGUCCCUGCUCCACGCACCAAGCCUACGGUGUGCGUCGCCAGCCCAGUCCGGCCUGUCCCUGCUCCACGCACCAAGUAUACGGUGCGCGUCGCCAGCCCGGCCCGGCCUGUUCCUGCCACUCGCACCAAGUCUACGGUGCGCGUCGCCAGCCCGGCCCGGCCUGUUCCUGCCACUAGCACCAAGUAUACGGUGCGCGUCGCCAGCCCGGCCCGGCCUGUUCCUGCCACUCGCACCAAGUAUACGGUGCGCGUCGCCAGCCCGGCCCGGCCUGUUCCUGCCACUCGCACCAAGUAUACGGUGCGCUUCGCCAGCCCGGCCCGGCCUGUUCCUGCCACUCGCACCAAGCCAGGGGUGCGAGUCGUCAGCCUGGUAAGACCCGUCCCUCCUCCACGCACCAAGCCAGGGGUGCGAGUCGUCAUCCUGGUAAGGCCCGUCCCUCCUCCACGCACCAAGCCAGGGGUGCGCGUCGUCAGCCUGGUAAGGCCCGUUCCUCCUCCACGCACCAAGCCAGGGGUGCGCGUCGUCAGUCCAGCACAAUCCGUGCCUGGGUCACCGGUGCCUGGUAAGGUACCGGUCAACUGCUCCACUAUGGAGCUGAAGCUAACCGCUCCUGCUAAGUCCAGUUCGGCUCCAGCCGGCAGGGCCAGACUGGACCAGGGGCGCUAUGGGGGGUUUAUUGGAGGGUGGUGGUCAAGGCCGGAGCCAGAACCGCCGCCGAGGAGGUAUGCCCGCCCAGCCCUCCCCUGUUUUGUUUAGUUGAGGCGCGGUCGCAGUCCGCGCCUUUAGGGGGGGGUACUGUCACACCCUGGCUCUGGGACUCAUUAUGUUGAGCCAGGGUGUGUUCAUUCUAUGUGUGUAUUUCUAUGUUGGUAAUUCUGUUGUGUUUAAUUCUAUGUUUGCCUGAGUGACUCCCAAUCAGAGGCAACGAGUGUCAGCUGUUGGCUGGUUGUCUCUGAUUGGGAGCCAUAUUUAAACUGUAUGUUUUUCCCUUUGGGUUUGUGGGUUUUUGUUCCGUGUUCGGUCAUUGAUACCGUUGGACGUCACGAGUCGUUUCUUGUUUUGUAUUGAGUUUAAACUUUAACUAAUUAAAGUAUGUUUGUUCAUCACGCUGCGCCUUGGUCUGUUCCAUAUGACGAUCGUGACACUAACAUAAGGACAACUCAGAGUAUGCUAUUCUGUUCUUCUGAAAUAGACUACAUUUUCUUCAUAUCAUGUUUCUUUAGACCUGUCUAAAAUAAAUAAUGCAUUUAUUGUGAUGGUGUAGGCUAUAUUACAUGGAUUUAUUAGACUUUUUAAAUGUAGAUGUUCCAAAGGUCUGCAUCAGUGGCUUGUAGGCUAUGCAUGGAAGCCAGGAGAUGCUAAAUGUGUUUAUGUUAAUUAACGGUCAGUAACCGUGAGACCUGCAGUUAUUUGCUUCACAAUCACCGGCUGACAAAAUGUAAUAACCACCACAGCCCUAGUAAUGAGAAAUCCUUUCUCUAAUUUCUGACCAUUUGAAUAAUGUCUCCCUUCACUCCACUGGUAUUCAACUCUGUUCACUCGCUCAGUUAUGCCUCUCUAACUCAGUCUUUCUCUUCUCUCCCACCCCAUCUAGAGGCCUCUGACAUCAUGAAGAGUAUAGGAGAAGCCAUCCAGUACCUACAUUCCAUUAACAUCGCUCACAGAGACAUUAAGGUAAAGUCUGUCAAUGAACAGAAUUAUACUAAAACAUCCCUUAUUUUACAUGAUCAGUCCAAUAAAUAAUCAUGCUAUUUUCUCAUCCCUCAGCUAGAGAAUCUGUUGUACACCUCCAAAAGGCCAGACGCACUUCUCAAACUUAUUGAUUUUGGGUUUGCCAAAGAAAGCACCACACUCAACUUGUCACGCCCUGGCUCUAGGGACUCUUUUAUGUUGAGCCAGGGUGUGUAGAGUCUAUGUUUUGUGUUCUUUGUUUCAGUUUCUAGUUCAUGUGUAUCUAUGUUGGCCGGGGUGGUUCUCAAUCAGAGGCAACGAGAAUCAGCUGUUGCUUGUUGUCUCUGAUUGGGAACCAUACUUAGGCAGCCUGUUUGGCACAGUGUAUUGUGGGAUCUUGUUCUGUGUAUGGUUUGUGUUUUGUUACCAAGGACUUCACGUAUUGUUUUGUUCGUGUGGUGAAUUAAAUAAUAAAGUAUGUUCGCAUUCCACGCUGCGCAUUGGUCCAAUCCUUUCAACGACCGUGACACAACUCCUUGGCAACGCCAUGCUACACCCCCUUUUAUGUUGGUAAGGGCACGCGACUCGGUCUACAUGCUUGCUGUUCAACAGUCUUACUGACUGGUUUAUAAUACAGUCUAAACCCUGUUGGUAUAAUUAUUCAUGAAUAUUUCAGUGGCACUGAUUAUUAGGUUCAUAAAAUAUAAGGUUUGAAUGUAUUCUAAGUCUGUAUUUCCUCUACUUGAUCCCAGCCCCUGAGGUUCUUGGUCCAGAGAAGUACGACAAAUCCUGUGAUAUGUGGUCUCUGGGCGUCAUCAUGUAUAUGCUGUAAGUGAUACAAAAUAGGUUGACGGCAUGAAUCAAUUCCCAAUAACAGCAGUGUACAGGACGUAGCACUUUACGUGGUUCUUAUACAUUCUCCUCUCCUCCUCCACUUAGGCUGUGUGGAUAUCCUCCCUUCUACUCUAACCACGGCCUGGCCAUCUCCCCUGGGAUGAAAGAACGCAUCAGGAACGGAGAGUACAAGUUCCCCAACGCAGAGUGGUCUGACGUGUCAGAGGAAGGUAAGAGAGAGAAGACAGGGGUAUUUAUAUGGGCCGAAUUCAAAAUGAAUAUCAUGACUUUGAUGGUAAUAAUGCUGGGCAAUUAUGUGAAUUGCUUACAAAAGUUGUAACUCUGUUUUCCUGUGUUUUCUCUCUCCCAGCCAAUGAGCUGAUCUGCCACUUACUGAAGACUGAGCCCACCCAGAGGAUGAGCAUCACAGAGUUAAUGAACCACCCCUGGAUCAAAGUAAGCACAGCACCGUUCUGUUAUCCCCCUAGUCCAGGCAGUAUGACCAUGAAGCAAUCGUUGUCGCAUUUGUGUAUUAAUUACAAAGAACGCAAUGUUAUGAUUAUACAUACUGAUUAUUCACUAGCAACUUUCAAUGCAACAAGACCACCAGAAGAAAACAGAAGAGCGCAAUUAAUGGUUGUUUUUUUCAGAAUGGAAUUUCACAAUUCUCAAAAGUCUCCAGUGAUCGUAUUACAUUUUUGUUUAACCUUACUUUAUCUAGGUUAGUCUCAUUGAGAUAAUCAUCUGUUUUUCAAGAGAGACCUGGUCGAACCAAGACAGCAGCAGAGGGGAACAAUGAUUCAGACAAAUAUCAAACAUAACACAGAUACAUUACAAUUACAGAAACAUAGAAGCGUCAUGGAUAAAGUUAAUCAUAUGUACCACCGCAUGAAGUCCUAAUGACAAUCACAUUCCUCAUUAACAUGUGAGUCAACCAAACUAAACUGGCCAUGUGAUGUCAACACAAGACAUCUUUGCUGUCAUAGCAUAUUAUGUUGUUGUUGCACUCGCAUCCUUUUCUUGCCUGGUUGUCCAGUCUGUUUGUGUUUAAGCUAACUAAGUUUCGGUUCUUUGUCAUGCCAAAGAAACUGGCCUCACAGCAAUGUUAACUUGGCAACCAUAAAACCACAUACGGUAUGGGACCGGGCUCAUCUUUUGUAACAAUGUUUUUUUGUAAUAAUUGACCUUCCUAGAGUUGCUGAAUACUUUUCACAUUUCCAGUUUGAUCCUAUAUUCAUGUUCCUUGAUUGGACACAAUGUGUUUUCCAGAGCAAUGCGCUAACCUAUACUGGUCUCCCUGCAGCAGUCCAUGGAGGUUCCUCAGACCCCUCUCCACACCAGUCGUGUGCUGCAGGAGGAACAGGACAUCUGGGAAGAGAUCAAGGUGAGCACUGGCACUGCAGUGAUGUGAAUGCAUUCUUUCUGCUUCUUACUUGGAUCCACACACCUCUAGCAUGCAGAUUGGGCACAAAAACAACAAUAUCCUACUCUAGAUUGUACAAAAUAGUGUUUUGGUCUGCUUCUAUCCACACAAUUGCGCAUUUGCUCCUUUGGAUUUUCUCUGUGCUUUACACAAUAUUUUAAUUGUUUCUUUGCGAUAUGCUAAUGGUGUGAUUUUUGUUACUAGGAUGAAUUUAUGAAUGCCCUGGCAACUAUGAGAGUGGACUGUGAGCAAACCAAAAUCAAGGCCAUCGAGCACUCGAUCAAUCCCCUGCUGAUUAAGAGGAGGAAGAAAGCAAGAAAUGCAGCCAGUGAGCCACCAGGCCCGUGA